GCAGAGGGCAGAGGGAUGGGCGCAUGCGCGGGGGGCGCGGGGCGCGCGGGGCGGGGGCGCGGCGCCGGGCGGCAGUGCCCGCCGGACCGCAGCAUGGAGCGCGCCCAGCCCGCCCCCGCGCCCUUCGCGCCCCCCGUGCGCCCCCUCGUGCGCCCCGACGAGACCGGCGAGGUGGACACCACCAGGUACCCGGAGCCCAAGGAGGCGACGCACAAGGUGCGCGGGCGCGGCGACGUGCUGGAGCUGCUGUGCGCCGGCGCCGUGGACCCCGAGCUGCUCACCGUCAAGACCUUCUACUUCUUCUUCUACUCGGCGUUCGGCUCGCUGUUCCCGCUGAUGGGCGUGUACUUCAAGCAGAUGGGCAUGAACGCGGGGCAGUGCGGGCUGCUGAUCGGCACGCGGCCCUUCGUGGAGUUCCUGUCGGCGCCGUUCUGGGGCGGGCUGGCGGACCGCUGGCGCGCGGGCCGCACGCUGCUGCUGGCGUCGCUGGGCGCCUGGGUGGUGUUCACGCUGCCGCUGAGCUGGGUGCAGCCGGGCGCCGUGGCGUGCGUGCAGCCGCUCAACCGCUCCUCGUACCGCCUGGCGCCGCCGGACUACGACGCGGCGCCGGCGCCCGCCGCGCGGCACUUCGCGGGCGUGGCGGGCGGCGCCGGCUCGCCGCUGUCCGUGGCCGACGCCGUCAACUACGACCCCGACGCCAACGGCAACUGGGUCACGCCGCUGCACUCCUCCAUCGUGUACCGCACGCCCGACAUCCAGAAGACGUUCUUCCUGCUGCUGCUGCUGGUGGUGAUCGGCGAGUUCUUCUCCGCGCCCGCCAUCACGCUGGCCGACAGCGCCGUCAUCACGCUGCUGGGCGAGGACGCGGACAGGUACGGCCACCAGCGCAUGUUCGGCUCGCUGGGCUGGGGGCUGGCCAUGUUCUUCGUGGGCAUCGCGCUGGACCACAGCACGGCCUUCAGCGCGCACCCCUGCGGCGGCCCGCAGCGCUACGAGAAGAACUACACCAUCUGCUUCGCCACCUUCUCCGUGCUCAUGGGCGCCGCGCUCAUCACCGCCACGCAGAUCAAGUUCAAGUACGAGGAAGUGCCGGUAGAGGUGGUGGGCGAGGCGGGGGGUGCGGGGGUCGUGGGGGUCGCGGGGGGCGAGGCGGCGCAAGAGGCGCGGCUGCAGGCGGAGCUGGCGGCGCAGCUGGACCUGCCCGGGCUGGACACCGCCGCGCCGCCGCCGCCGCCGCAGCUGCACCCCGCCAAGGUGUUCGCGCAGACGACGCGCGAGAUGCCGGAGUGGCUGGCCGUGCUGCGCCAGUUCCAGAACGUGAAGGCGAUCUCCUUCCUGCUGGUGGCCUGGUUCAUGGGCUUCGGCAUCGGACUCAUCUUCACCUUCCUGUUCUGGCACUUGCAGGACAUCGGCGGGUCCCCGACGCUGUUCGGCGUGGCGUCCGUCAUCAACCACAUCUCCGAGAUCUUCGCCUACUUCUUCAGCUUCAAGCUCAUCACGCAGAUGGGGCACGUGAAGGUGCUGUGCCUGGGGCUGGCGGGCAACGUGGUGCGCUUCCUGUACAUCUCGUGGCUCAGCAACCCGUGGUGGGUGCUGCCGUUCGAGUUCGUGCAGGGCGUGACGCACGCAGCGGUGUGGGCGGCGUGCUGCUCGUACAUCGCGCACGGGGCGGGCGGCGCGGGGCGGCAGGCGUCGGCGCAGGGCGUGCUGCAGGGGCUGCACCACGGGCUGGGGCGCGGCUGCGGCGCGGUGCUGGGCGGCGCGGCGGUGGCGCGCUGGGGCACCACGCGCACGUUCGCCGGCUACGGGCUGCUGUGCGCGGUGGCGCUCGCCGCCUUCGCCUUCGUGAACUUCCGCGACCCCGACCCGUCGGCCGACGCGCCGUGCGAGCUGCGGCCCGGCCUGCUGGCGCCGCACGGCGUGCCCUCGCACCCGCUGCCGCGCGCGCUCUCCUCCUCGCGCCUCGCCGACCUGCAGCAGCACGACUACGGAGCCACGCAGAGCUACUCCGGAGCUGAGAGCCUGGGCGUGCCGGGUGGCGCCCCCGCCCCUGCCCCCGCCCCGCGCCCCGCCAACCCCUUCCUGGCGGAGCAGCCGGCGGCCGACUACAGAUAGACGUCCUGCCCACCCUCGCGCGCCGCCCCGCCCUCGCGCGCUGCUUGCCCUCGCCGCGCUAGCCAGGCGUCUCGGAUCACUCAUAUACCGUUCCAGCAGUAAUGGGGAUAGUCACCGUUACCUAUCAAUUGAUAUAACUUAAAAUCUCCACUACUAAACGAAAGAAUGACAUAUUAUAUGAGAGUUCUAUAGACUUCGGUACAAAAAA